AUGACGACAAAAGCUAAUGUAAUGGUGGACACGAGUUGCAAGUAAUUCGAGGUCAGACUACAUCUAAGAUUAUCCUUCUUAAAAGGAAAAUGGCAACGUUCUCCAACACUCACCUGCGGAUCCCGGAAGGAUUUGCUGAACUCCUGAUGGGACUGGCCAAAGAAGUGUUACGAGACCAGCCGGAAGACAUCCCUAAAUAUGCUUCUGAGUACUUUGAGGUGCUUUUCAAACAACGAGAAGAGAGUGGCUUGGACCAUGCCGAGUGGACUGCGAAGCAGGAAAGUAGCAUGACCCAUGCAUUCAAAGAUAGUAGGGCUAGUGCUGGAGAGUCUGCAUCUGACAUCCGAACGUCCAAAGGAAAAUCUAAUGAGUCCACAAGUAAAAAUUCAGCAGAAGCCUCACAACUUCCCACCACUCAACCUAAUUUCUCUGAGGAGGAUCAUUUAAGUGAAAGCACAGCAGAAGAAAAUCAUGGAGAGAAUUGCAAUAUUUCAGCGGAGAAGGGAUUUUGCAAAGAGGAAUCUAUCAAACUCCCCCUGACUGCAGACGUGCAAUCAGAUAAACUGAGUGGCACAGAGGACGAGAAAGACCCGAUGAUAUAUAAAGCUGAUAAAUCCGACAGGGCAGCUCAAGAAACAGAUACCAGUUCUGCUAUAGAGCAGGAUGUGUCAGUGUCUGUGUCCACUGACAGGCUAUCAUUCAGUGGGGUUUCAAAUCUAGAUGUGUGUGCUCAGGAGUUAGGAACAGCAGGAGAUGGUGGAAGUGAUACACAAGAAAGUGCCGUUGUUGAUAAGGAGAUGUCAGAGUCAGAGAUGGAGGGAGAGGAAAAUAGUGAAGUGAAAGAAUCAGCGGUCGUUCCACAUUCUGGCCUCGCUGAUCAUGUGGACAUUUGUGCAACAGAGCUGGGAGGGACAGAAAGACAAACGGUGAAUGCCACUGGUGAUAAGGAUACACACUGCAUUGAAGAGGAAAGCUUUAAACCCCAACCAGAAGAGGCUAUUGUACAAUUAUCACUGGCUCAGUUUGAGACACCUGAGGGCAAUCAACAAGAGGUAGAAGAUCAGGCACGAAACACCAAGGAGGAAGAUGAAACAGAUACUAAAGCCUCUGCUGAGGAAACACAUGAAGGUCUGUCUCAUAAUGAGAGUGCUUUAGACUUUAAUGCUACACCUGAGGAGGAUUCAUUGGUUGAGAUUAGCUUUGAAGAUGUUCCAGAGGCUCAGCAGAUUACUGAGGUUAAAGAGAAACAGCCAGAGGAAAAGGGCUCAGUUGAUGCAUUACAGACUGAGCUAUUAGAAGAAAUGCAACGGGAGGAAGAGUCUGGCUUAGAGGGGGUUACUGAUAGUAUAUCUGGUAUGCUACAGCAUGAUGAACCUGAGCCAGAGGAAGUUGUGAAGGAAUUUUACUCUGAAAGGGAGGAAAUAGAAAGUCAACUCAGGGCAUCUGAUAUAAUGAAAGAAAAUGUGGUCACAAAUUGCACUAGUUUAAAUGACAGCGGGGAUGAUGACAGGGCUGAAGAUGAUAGAAGUAUCAGCUCAUCCCAUCAGCCUUCCACUGAAGUAGACACAACACUUCCAGAGGGAGAAAGUGGUCACGCAAAUGAAGAUGAGAAGACAAGAGAGGAUCCUUUUUCUGAGGAGGAGACAAAAGCAAACGACUCUGACUUUGACGACGACGAGACAGCAGACACAGUUGGAGAAGACAACGAGGACACACAUGCAGCGGGUGACAGUGAGGUGAAGGACGAGGACAGCGAUGGUGCUGCCGAAACCCGUUCAUCACAAGCACUUGUGGAUUUACAGUCAGAUGAUACACUGGGAGAAAAAGAAGAGAAAGUUGCCCAAAGUGAUUCUGAGGCCCAAGAGAAAAGUGAUGAAGUGUGUGAAGAGGAGUGCGUCGGCCUCUCUCGUACUGCAGAUGGGACGGCUGCUGACUGUCAUCACGUAGAGGAAGCACCACCUGUGUCUGAACCAGACACCACACAGCAAGAGAAGAACAAGAGGACUCCCGAGCAGGCUGAGGAUCUAUAUUCAUACAUUUAUCAUAGAGCAGUGCCUCUAACCAAGCUGCAGUCUGAACACUCUCUGUUCCUAUCCUGGUUUCAGGUAGCCUAACAAACUCUUCAAUGUUUUAUUUUCUGCCAGACAUAGUUGCUCUGCUAAACUUUGUCCAUCGGAAAAAGCCCGGACUGUAACACAGCUUACUUUGACAUCAUGAAAGACCGACUGAACUAUUUAUCACGUGAAUUAGGGCCUUUAACAUUUUCUACUGCUGUCACAUUUAGCUUUGUCUGAUCUGGACCAACAGGGCUACAUGCACACACACUCAGGGAGGGAUUGUAGGCAGGGGUACUAAGAAUGUUACCAUGGUAACCCCUCACCAUCCAGCUCUCUGAGUGCCGUCGUGGAAUUAAUGAUGCAGAUAGUUGCUAGGCACCAUCUGUAUCAAUAAUGUACCUUUAAUAGCAGUUUGUAACUGACCGAUUAAACCGUAAAACAGCAUUUUUUUUUUACUCUAUAUAUAGUGUUGUUAACUCAGUGAUAGAAGAAGUGAAUAAGCUUUUUAUUCUAACACUGACCGAGCUACAGCAUCUCUAGUCUUUUUUUUGUGUAAACAAACUUAAAUGCCUUUAACUCUCACUUUAUAAGCACGCUCACAGGCUGUUCUUGUCAUCUUAGGUGGAUAAAUGCAGCAUUAGAUACACUCAUGGUGAAGCUAAUGGGAGCAGCUGUUAUGAUUAAUUGCGUUAAAUUGAAUUACUCUGCUUAUAAUAACUGCAAAUUAAUAGCGGGAAGCCAUCUAAUAAAGCGAGUCUGCCUGUUGGAAUUAGCCAUAAGGGUAGUGUAACAUGUUGUUUGAAUGGCGAGCAAAUCAGGAGGGGAGUGUUAAUGUCGGAUAAAUAACUCAGAUACUGAUGGAUUCUUUCUGUUCCUCUCCCUCUCCGUCUUGUCUUUGAGGCUGGCAGAGGAGUGUGGGUGGCCCUACCAGCUGGGAUCAGAGGGAUGGAGAGUGCUGUUAGCUCGCUCUGCCUCUAAUAAAUUUAUAACACCUCCUAGUGUAAAACAGGCCAAGAUGCUUAGACUUUUUUAUUUUCACACGAUUAGUAGGAUUCGAAAGUCAGCAGUUAUUGUUCCAUGGCCAUCUGGCGUUUGCAUAGUAUUUCCAUGUUAGUCAUCUGUUUUUCUUGUUAUUUUUGGUGUUUAUCAGUGUAACACUCGUGAAGUUUUUAUGAUUUUAUGCUCUGUCACUUUGCAUAUUCCUUAUUAAUAUCAACAGUGAAUACUGACAUCACUUGUUUCAAAACAGUGGAGUCUAAUGCACAAUAUUCAGUAGAUUGUUUUGGCAGUGCUGGCUUCAUGUCGCUGCCUGGUUCGAGGAAGGUAACAACGAUGUGAACACAGAAGGUCAGCAACUUUAACGAGAGUGAAAAGAUGGAACACAUGCUGUCAUGUUUGUAGGAGGUAUCUCUCUCUUUUUUUCCCUCUGUCUUUCUCCCUCCCUCUGUCUGUUGC